AUGAAUAAUGGUUCCUCGCAAUAUACUUCACUCCUGGAUUCUGGGAUGACUGGCCAGAGAGGGUCAUUGUGGGCCUGGCGUCUCGAACCAAAACAUGUUCGCCAUUCUUCACCCAGGAGGAAGAAGUUCGGAGCAGCAUGCUUCACUGUCUUCAGUCUAUACCAUCCAACAAUCUACUUGCUCGCCUAUCUCAUGAAGGUCGCUUGGCCCGUUGUUAUUCAUAGUAAUUGGAUGACUCAACCGGGCGUGGAGAAAUUCAUACAUGAACAGCUCAUCCAAAACGUAGCGUACGAGGGUAGCCUCAAUUAUAGCAUUGAUGGCCACAAUCAACAUGUCUUGCCCGGCAUGAUGGAACUUGAUUUCAAUUCCACUUCUUCCCCGGGAAGAAAGGUGAGGAAAUGCACAAUGACCUGA